GACCGACUUAUAACAAAAUAUCAGCACACACUGGUGCAAAAAGCGAGGACAAACUCACGAAGAAAGCAAAAAGGGGCAGAUCGAACUUGGGAAACGAUUAUUAAAUUUGAUCUCGUAUCACAUCGAACUUGGAAAAUGAAAGAAUCACGGGCACCCAAUCACAACACUCUUUUCUCUCUCUUCCUUUCUCUUAAACGCAGACAUAAGUAGUCAGUCAGGGAAGGACACUUAUGCUAAAGGAUAAACGAUAAGGAAGUAACUGUGAGUGAGCUUAUAGUAUCAUUUUGCAACUUUGCUCAGGAACAAAGAAUAUGGUACCUGAAGAAGGUAAGGGGAAGGAGAGGGAAAUGCCGCAGCCAAUGCCGGUUGACGGUGAAGAAGAACAAACACAAAGGUCGGGUUCUGGUUCUGCUACAGCUGCAGCCCAACAGAGUUUUGAUGUAGCUGAGACUGGGGAGCUCAUUCGAUUCGAUAAGUCUCUCCAGGAACUCAGACAGAUAAGGUCUCAGCUUCACUAUGCUGCAGAUUACUGCGAGUCCACCUUCCGGAAUUCCGAAGACAAGAAACCCAUAGUGGACAACACGAAGGAGUACAUAUGCAGGGCGAUGGUGACAGUGGUGGACCAUCUAGGCAAUGUCUCCUCUAACCUCGCAUCUCGCCUCUCCGAAGCCUCUUCUUUCACUGAUGCUGAGCUUCGGAUUAAUUCCCUCAAGCAGAGGAUCCUAUCGUGCGAACAACUCGGACACAAGUUUGCCUUAACGAAAGCGACAUGGAGUGCUGUUCAUCCGAGACAUCAUCCCCGCUUCUUAAUGGCAGAUGCUGAGAAACCGAACAUCGUGACAAGGGACUCUGUUGACCGGAUCUCAAAAAUCCAAGAUCAAGACCAUAAAUUUGAUACCGGCGAAGGUUUGCCACUUUUCUUGUACACACGCAACCCGAAGCCUUAUCUAGCGAAAACUUGGAGUUCAGCAGGAGAUACCAAGACCGUUCCUGUCCGCGACGGCAUUUCGAUACUAUCCAAAGGCCCGAACCCCACUUUUCAUUUCCAGGGUAAUCAGAAGAAUGGGCGGCAAAGGAGAUCCUUUCAGGGCUCCGACAUCCUAGCUCUUAUUCGACGUGUUACCCAAACGAGUUAAGAUGUCAUAAAGAGUGCAUUCGAUCCCGGAACAGAUUGCAGAUGAUGUAACUAUAGCAAUCCUUUCUCGAGAAGAGACGCGCAGAGAUGUGUAGUUUUUGUGUGGACAUCUAUGGUUUUCCCCUAACGAAGUGCAUAUUGGUAGCUGAAAUUGAAUCAAGUGCAUUGAUGAGA